CUACAAUUUUGUAUGAAACUCUCUUCAUAUGCAAAUAUAUGUGGACAUUUUAGUAUUAGUGAUAACAGUUAAACUGUAUAACAGUGCGAUAUAUUUAGGAGGAAAACACAAUGGACGUUAAGCUCAGUCCGCACGUCAAUCGGAACGUUGCAAAGGCGGAGCGAGUUUCUGGUGAACCAGAUCGGAGUGUUGCACUUAAAAAUUGUACACCCAAGGUCGUGCUUCCCAACGGCGGGGUAGAAGUCUCUUAUUUUGGGUAAAGAUGAUGGCUAUUGCCGCUCGUCUUGGGGCUGUUUCCCCGUACCUGCAGGCAACAAAGCACGCGGUUAAAAAUCAGCUGUUUCGUGGAAUUCAAGAGUUUGAGCCUGCUGCUGCUCCUGGAGGAACCCGCCUUGCUCACACAGACCUUAAGAUUCCUGACUUCACAGAGUACCGCCGUCCCGAAGUUAUCAACCCCAAUAAGUACUCCAAGGAGAGUGGGGACGAGAGAAGGGCCUUUUCCUACCUUAUCACUGGAGCAGUCUCUGUUUUGGGCCUCUAUACAGCCAAGACAGCAGUCGUCCAGUGGGUCUCUUCCAUGAAUCCAGCAGCUAAUGUCCUGGCCUUAUCCAAGAUUGAGGUCAAGCUUAGUUCCAUCCCUGAAGGCAAAAACAUGACCUUCAAGUGGAGAGGGAAGCCCCUGUUUGUCCGUCAUCGCACAGAGAAGGAAAUCGCCAUAGAGGAAAGUGUGAGCAUCGCAGAGCUGCGUGACCCCCAGCAUGACAAGGACAGAGUGAUCCAGUCCAAAUGGCUUGUUGUUAUUGGUGUGUGCACCCAUUUAGGUUGUGUGCCCAUCGCCAAUUCAGGAGAAUACGGAGGGUACUACUGUCCAUGUCAUGGCUCCCACUAUGAUGCUUCAGGGAGAAUAAGAAAGGGACCUGCUCCUUCGAACCUGGAGGUUCCUGACUAUGAAUUCCUUGAUGAUGACACAAUCAGUGUUGGCUAAAUACAGGAGUUGUAUCUCAGGUCCGCUCUGUCAUGUGCAUUUUUGAUUGCUCUGUGAAAGAGUUUGGAGUGGCAUAUAUGUAUUUACUAAUAAAGGCAUAUUUCCAUCUGCA